AAAGAGCAUAGAGGCUAAUAAGAAAAUCCAAGCCAAAUCCCCUUAUCACUUCAUUUUCCCCUCUUACAGUUGCCAUGGCAGCUCUCAAUCUUCCUUCUUUUUCCAAAACCUUAAACCCUAAUUCUCAAUUCCAAAACCUCCCUAAAACCCCAACUUUUCUUCUUUCUCUUUCCUACCCUUUUCUCACAACCUCUCUCUCUUCAAUUCCACCAGCAAAAAGUUCAAGAUUCCCAGUUGUAAGAGCCAUUUCUGAUGGGGAAUACUCUUCAAAGAGGAGCAGUAACAGUGAUGAAAGGGAAACUAUUAUGUUACCUGGAUGUGAUUAUAACCACUGGCUUAUUGUCAUGGAGUUCCCUAAAGACCCUGCUCCUACUAGAGAACAGAUGAUUGAUACUUAUCUUGACACUCUUGCCACCGUUCUUGGAAGUAUGGAAGAGGCAAAGAAGAACAUGUAUGCCUUUAGUACUACCACUUACACUGGUUUUCAGUGCACUGUAUCUGAAGAAACAUCAGAGAAGUUUAAGGGUCUACCUGGAGUUCUGUGGGUCCUGCCUGAUUCUUAUAUAGAUGUGAAGAACAAGGACUAUGGAGGAGAUAAGUACAUCAAUGGAGAAAUAAUUCCUUGUCAGUAUCCUACUUACCAACCCAAGCAGGCUAACAGAACAAGAAGCAAGAGUAAAGCAUAUGUAAGAAGAAGAGAUGGUCCUCCGCCUGAACGAACAAGACAAGCAGCAGCUCCCGAGUCUUCCUCCUAAAACUAUAAUGGUGCAUUUUGUAAGUGCCUUAGUCUUUUUCUUGACACUCACUAAAGAAACAUAGAACUCGCAGUUUUAUCUCAUUU